UUUAAUUUAUUAGAUGCGUUGAGCGAGUCGCUGGCCAGCUUCUUAAUAAAUUAUUCCCGAGAAUACCAGGCAUUUUUUUGUGAAAAAAAUAUCAACCGAAAUCUAAAGCAAUUUAUCAGCAACAAAAGAGAUGAAAGAAAGAUAUUUUGUGCAACAAUUUGUGGAUAUGUGGAAAUGGUUUAUUUCGAGUUAACAAAUAUAUAAAAAAAAUUGUGAAAAAGUGCUUAUAUUUUAAAAGGAUCCAAAAAAUAUAAUCCAAUGCAACUUGGAAUGUGUACAUAAAUUCAUGUUUUCAUUGAGAGGGAAAUCCUGAAAUAAUAAGCAAUCCUAAAAGUGGAAAAUAUAAUGAAUUAAUACUCCGUAAAUUUAUAGACUUGAAUAAUUUUUGUUAUACUUUUUUUGUUACUAUCUAAAAGUUGGCCUAUUUAAUCAAGAAAAGUUCCCUGCCACAUCAAAUUACAGCAGUCGAAAGGAGAACGAUAAACAUUGUUGAACAAUACAGAAAUGCCAUUAAACCAAUCAGCUGUAAAGUGAAUUAGACAAAAGUUGUUCGUGUGGAAAGCACACAGAAUCAGAGCCAUAUAUGCGAUUGGAAUCUAUAUUCAGAUCACGACCGCAUUUUCAACUUACUAUAGUCUUGCCUGAUCUUACUAAAUCUGAAUCUUCGCAUCCGUGCGACUUACAGAUCGUAUCCGAUUGCAGCGACCACAACGACGCACAAACUAAACCGAAAUAAAACGGCAAUAAAACCCAGCUAAUUAAUGUGAUAAUUGUGUACAAUAAAAUGAUCGAAAUCGGACUAGGACUUAGCACGAUGUGGAGUGCAUUGGAAUUCAGCGGAGCUUCCUCAUACAAUUACCAGUGCUCGAGAUUACUGCAAUCGCCGCCAAGAUCCACCGAUAAGCCCUUAAUCCCAAAGGUCAGCCUGCGUUAUCAGCCGGCGGUGAUCCCAUCAUUCCUGCUCGUAGGAACUGUGCUGACGAUCUGCCUCGGAUCCGUCCUCGGUGCUCCACAAUCCUCCUGCAUCAUGUGCGACAAGGAGGACCUGCGUCCACGAGUCCCGCCAUACAGCGAUAGCUACGAGGAGUACACCUUCGACCACCAGGUGUCCCAGCAAUCGGCCAUGGAAUACCUGCAAAAACAUAACAAGAUCGUUAUAACAAAAAGCCAGCACAAUGCCUGCAGUUCAAUUAAAUGCCCAGCGAAUGCAUCAAAAUAUUGCAGGGGAACACAGUUUAUCAACGAUCAUUGCUAUUGCGAACAGCAACAUCGAGAAGAGGGCCUGCCCUAUGUGCCUCAUGUUUGCUUCGCGGAUCAGAAGGAGCACACCCCCUCCGUUGAUUCCUGCUUCGAAUUCGUUGAGAUCAAGGAGUGCUGCUGCGCUGAGAUCUGGCUAAAGAAGUGGCGACACAUUUCCGGCAGCUCCCGAAGCCAGCACGUACUAAAUAUACUAAUACCCCUGCUCUCUACAAUCAGUGUUCUGAACUGGAUAAGUAGAAGUCGGAUAUUUUGUUAAAGUUGAGGCGUCAGUCAAGUGCAAAGCCAUCGUGUGAAAGUUGUACAACAUAGUCAUAGCGAAGUAGGAUCUAGACGUAAAAGCAUUCUAAUAAGUGUACUUAGUUCAAACAAUGUCCAAUGGUAAUCAAACCUACUUGCUAAGCAUAUAUUUAAGCGUUAAUAAAUACAAGUUUAUAAAGCUAA